AUGGGGAGGCCGCCGUGCUGCGACAAGUUGGGCGUGAAGAAGGGUCCGUGGACGCCGGAGGAGGACAUCAUCCUGGUCUCCUACAUCCAGGAGCACGGCCCCGGCAACUGGCGGUCUGUGCCGGUGAGCACCGGCCUCAUGCGCUGCAGCAAGAGCUGCCGCCUCCGCUGGACCAACUACCUCCGCACCGGCAUCAAGCGCGGCAACUUCACAAGCCACGAGGAAGGCGUCAUCGUCCACCUCCAGUCACUCCUCGGCAACAGUAGAUGGGCGGCGAUCGCGUCGUACCUGCCGCGGAGGACGGACAACGACAUCAAGAACUACUGGAACACGCACCUCAAGAAGAAGCUCAGGAAGCAGCAAGCCAUGGGAGCCACUUUCGCGCCGCCGGCGUCCUCCUCCCCCGGCACAGCAGGCGACAACUUCGACCACCACAACCACCACGACAUGGUCUCCAGGGCCGACGGCUACGGGGCCGGCCAGGCGUACAUGAACAAGGAGGUCUCGCAGCUGAUCGCCGGGCGUGGUCACUCGCCGUUCGCCGACGCUGCCCCCGAGGCCUGCUCCUCGUCGUCCUACGCUUCGAGCGUGGACAACAUAUCCAAGCUGCUCGGCGGCUUCAUGAAGAGCUCCCCGCCGCCGCCGCCGCCGCCGCCGCACAACAACUACGACGCCGACGACGUCAAGCCUCUGCUGCCCUUGGACAGUAUGUCCGGCACCGGCAGCGCCGAGCUGAGCUUCACCGCCAGCGUGCAGCAGCCGGCGUUGAUGGGGGGACGCGUCGGGUACGAGUACGACGACGAGACCAAGCAGAAGCAGCAGCAUCAGGCGCCACUGUCCUCGAUCGAGAAGUGGUUGUUCGAUGAGGCCGCGGACCUGGAGCUGUCCGAUGAGUGCUACUCCGUUCCAAUGCUGUUCUAG